AUGAAUGUUCUCACGGUGACGAUGUUCAGUGGUGCGACCAUCGCGGCGCUUUCCGAGGAGGAGUUCAAUCAAAUAACGGAGACCUUGGGCAAUUCAAUCAAGUCAUUGAAGCAGCACUUGUCAGGCAUCAUCUGCCAACCUAGAUUUCGCCAGAAACUGCUUUGUGAGGGAGGAGCUGUUUUACAAGAUGAUGCUAUGGUGGAGCUGCCCGCGAGUUUGGUCCUCGUCGUUUUAACAUUUUGCCCAGCCGACGAGGGGGAACGUCAUCAACUGCUGGAUGCUGUGACUGGAGAUCAGAAUCUUGCGUUGGAACAGUUCUUGCAACGGCCAUUGGAUCCGGAUUUAACGCUGCAGCACGGCGAGACGGCUUUGUGGCAUGCUGCAGCUAGCAACAGCCUCCGCUGCGCGAGUCUACUGAUCGAAGCCGAUGCCGACAGCAACAGCACCAAUCCUGGGGAUGGCCGCUCGCCGCUCCAUGUGGCAGCUCAGAUGAACCACGUCGACAUGUUGCACUUCCUCAUCGAAGCGCGUGCAGCGAUCGAUGCCGGGAACGAGAUGUCUGCUACACCGCUGCUUGUAGCUGUCAAUUUCGGCCGGACAGAGGCAGUCCAGGAGCUGUUGCAGCUGAGGGCUGACUUGGACAAGGCAGAUGGCAGGGAUGGCCGGACUCCUCUUUUGGAAGCGGCCAGCCGGGGCAAUCACGCAUUGGUUCGCCUUCUGCUUGAAGCCAAAGCUGAUCCCGACAAAGCUUUUACACAGGAUGGUUCUACGCCUGUUUGCGUGGCUGCAUACCAUGGAUUCGCAGAGGUAGUUCGACUGCUCAUGAAGGCCAGGGCAGAUGUCACGAUAGCCCGAACUUCCGAUGGAUCCACACCACUCUCUCUGGCUUCUUCCUUGAACCAUUUGCCCGUGGUGAAGAUGCUUCUUGCAUCUGCGGCCAGGGCAGGCAAAGAAUUGGCAGAGUUUGGUGCAACUGCCAUGGAAGACGCCACUCGCCUCGGAAAUCCGAAGGUCGUAAAGAUGUUGAUCCAGGCCAGGGCAGACCUGCAAGAUCCUGAGAGAGCUCCGCUGGCCGUAGCAGCAAGGCUGGAGCAAAUCGAGAUUCUUCGACUCUUGCUUGAAGCACGUGCUAACGUUGAAGCCGAGAACCCCAAAGGCGUGACGCCUUUGAUUGGGGCCGCUUACACCGGUAGAGAGGACGUAGUCCAAUGGCUCUUGGAGGCAAAGGCCGGGCUCAACGGAGCCAAUAGCACUGACGGCCGAACGCCACUUCUGGAGGCUGCAAGGAGGGGCCACAAAGCGCUGGUCCGUGUUCUCUUGGAAUCCAGAGCUGAUCCCAACAAAGCCUUUCAGGAAGACGGCUCCACACCGGUUUGCGUCGCAGCAUAUCAUGGCUUUGUGGAGGUGGUUAGAAUCCUCACCUUUGCAAAGGCAGAUGUCGCUGCUGUGCGCUCCUGUGACGGCUACACUCCGAUCUCUUUGGCUGCAUCGUUGAACCAUGUUCCAGUUGUGAAAGUGCUGCUUGCCGCGGCAGCUAGGGCAGGAUACAAAGUGUCAGAGUUGGGUGCCAGAGCGAUGGAUGUUGCUGCGAGCCAGGGCAACGUGAAGAUUCUAAAAAUGCUGCUCCAGGCAUGGGCUGAUCCAAACAAGCCCGUCGAUUGUGCCAUUUGCCCUGUCGACGAGCCUCCUCUCUUUGUGGCUGCUAGCUGUGGUCAUUUGCCGGUAGUUCGUCUUCUGGUUGAAAAUAGGGCCGACGUCUGCAAGCCGCGGAGUUCGGACGGGGCCACACCACUCAUCGUCUCCACUCUGAAGGGUCAUGUGGCUGUUGCACGCUUCUUGCUCCGAAAUGGGGCUGACAAGGAUGAGCGACGCUCUGAUGGUGUCUCUGUCUUGCACUGUGCAGUCCUUGCGGGCAACCUUGAGUUGCUGCACCUCCUGCUAGAGGCCCGUGCGAACACAAGUGCUCGACGUGCAGAUGGAUACACUCCCCUUUUUCUGGCUGCAGGGAGCAGUCGGGUAAGCGUUCUGCGCAGCCUCCUGGCGGCAAGAGCUCACACUGAUUCCCGUCGGGUUGGAGAUGGUGCAACCCCUCUGUUCGUGGCCGCUAGCUACGGUCAUGUUGAAGUAGUACGUUUGCUGCUCGAAGCAGCCGCAGACGCAUGCGUCAAGCGCUCGCCGGAUGACACCACCGUUUUAACUGCUGCCGUUUGUUCUGAUGUGUGUGACGUCACCCGCUUGGUGAUUCUGCAUCGUGCAGAGGUCAACAAAGAAGCUUCGCAGCCAGCAGCGACUCCACUGUACAUUGCAGCUGAGCUCGACCUUCGCAACCAAGUGAGCCUGUUACUUGAGAACCAUGCUGACAUUGAUGCCGCUCGUCGGUCGGACGGAGCAACGCCAAGCUUUGUGGCUUCAUAUCAUGGGUUUGCUCGAGUUUUACAGCUUUGCAUCGAGGCUGGUGCCGACUUGAACAAGGCCCGAACGAGAGAUGGUGCUGUGCCCCUUACCGUUGCUUGCGAAGGUGGCCACAUAGAUGCGGCCCGGCAAUUGCUACAGGCAGGAGCAAGGGUGAAUGCUGCUCGUUUGGACGGCGCAACGCCUUUGCUCUUCGCGUCCCAGAACGGUCACAAACAAGUUGUACGAUUACUACUCGCUGCGAAUGCCGAUGCCAAGAAGGCUCGAACAACUGAUGGAGCUACAGCAAUUGCUCGUGCUCAUAAGAAGGGGCAUGUUGAAAUUGUGAAAGUGUUGGAGGUGUUCCAACUCUUCAAGGAUGCGGCCGGCUGUUGA